AUGCUUCUUCGCAGGUGUUUGAUCCAACGUCGAUUGGUAUCUCAUGUAACUACACCAAUCUUUUAUCCCAACGCUAAACCACAUCUGGGCCAUCUUUACUCAAGUUUAAUAUGCGAUGUCUUCCACAGGUGGAAAACACUACAAGGUGAAGAAAAUCUGUUUACCACAGGUACUGAUGAACAUGGUCUGAAGAUUCAAUUGGCAAGUGAGAGGAACGGUUUUCAGAAUCCCAAACAGUUUGUAGAUAAACUUUAUGAUGAUUUCAUUACGUUAGACAAGGCCUUCAACGUUAACUUUACCAGGUUUAUAAGAACUACGGACACAGACCAUAUUAAUAAUGUGAGGAAACUUUGGAACUUGUGUGACAAGAAUGGCUUCAUCUAUCAAGGCGAGCACAAAGGCUGGUACUCCAUUUCUGAUGAGACUUUCUAUCCAGAAUCUAAAGUCAUUGAAGAUCCCGUUAAUACUGGCAAAUAUCUAAAUACAGAGACUAAUAACGAGGUAGUUUACCAUUCUGAAAAAAAUCAUUUCUUCAAAUUAUCACACUUCAAUGAUCAGCUAAUUGAUUACAUCGAGUCGAAUCCUCAAUUCAUUUAUCCUGAAGUUAAAAGAGUGCAAAUUUUGAAUGAACUGCGUAACAAUCGUUUGCAAGAUUUAUCAAUCUCAAGACCUUCAUUUCGUCUCAAAUGGGGAAUUGAUGUACCUGGAGAUCCAUCUCAGAAAAUGUACGUAUGGUUCGAUGCUCUUUGUAACUAUUUGACCUCCAUUGGUGGUAUCGAUGCAAUUAUGAAUAAUGAACCACACACCAAAUUACUUCACACUAGGAAAGAGAUUCAAAGUCCGAGGGACUGGUGGAGUAAUACGACACAUGUCAUCGGUAAGGAUAUCAUUAGAUUUCAUACGAUAUAUUGGCCCAGUUUCCUCAUGGCGGCAGGAUUGCCGCUACCGAGGCAAGUGGUAGUUCAUAGCCACUGGAUUUGUAACGGCAUGAAGAUGUCCAAAAGCUUGGGUAAUGUAGUUGAUCCUCUGUUGAUGAAAAAGCAUUACGGCGAAGAUCCCAUGAGGUGGUUUCUACUGGAAAAUUCUCAAUUGGAGGAAGAUGGUGAUUUCCAAGAGAGUAAAUUGUUUUCAUUGACUGAAAUGUUUGCAUCUAAAUGGGGGAAUCUGGUCAACAGAUGCUGUGGCCCUAAAUUCAAUUUACAACGUGCUGUUCAGUUCUAUUCAGAUGGGAGGAACCCAUUGCUUGUCAACGACGAUAACUUACAAGCUGAGGUUAAUAAUUUAGUCAAGAAACUGAGUAACAUCCCUAUUUCAAUGGACAAAAAGAUGAACAACUUCCAAACUGCCUCUGCAUUAAGAGACGUAUGGUCUAUUAUAAAUGAUACAAAUGCCUUUAUGCAAAACGCUGAACCAUGGACCAAAGGCCCAGCGGAACAAGAUGCUAUCAUCUUUCUCUGUAUGGAAACUUCUCGUAUUUUGUCCAUCUUGUGCCAACCGAUAAUACCUGAUUUAGCGGCAAAGUUGUUAGAUCGUAUCGAUGUUGAGAAGGAUAAUAGAACAACAGAUUUUUCACGUAUCGGUGCAGACACCACAUAUGGUGUAGGUUCCAACGUGAAAGGCCGUACAGUACCCAUCAAAAGAGUAACGAAAAGAACAUAA